AUGGAGAAGCCGGAUGAGCUGUCCGAGGAGAGUAAGGAGAAGAGCCUUUCCAACUGCACCUGUGAAGCCCCCCAACUCGGCAAGAAACCAGUUGGGCUGGCCGACUGCACCUCUGAGAUUCACAGCCCAUAUGGGUCCAUGGCAAGGAAGAGGAGUGCUCAGGAAGGGGUGCAGGGCGCCCCCGUCAACAAGAGAAAGUCCCUGCUGAUGAAGCCCCGCCACUACAGCCCCAGCAAGGCAUGUGAAGAGGAGAGCGAGGACCUGGCACCGCCACAGGACAAAGAAGAGCUGAGGAACAUUGACACUCCAGCAGAUGGGAACUUAAGUACAAUCAAUGGAGUCAGCUACAACAAUGGCUACCACGAUGCAACAGCAAAGUCCAGUGAUUCUCUCGGAUGGUCAGAAGUUACAUCUGAUGGCUCUCCACAGUGUGAGCCGGACACAUCUGAACCUCUGAUGGAUGAAGAUGAUGAGGAGCUCCUUAAUAAUGAAAGAGAUGACCAAAGUCAAGACAGAAUGAGCGGUACAUCAUCGCCACAGAGGCCAUACAAAGACAUGAGAGAGGCGGAAUGGGAGCUUCUGCCUCUGUCUGCCAAGGUGAACGGCUCCAACUGCAGUCCCUCCAGAGCCUCGGAAGACCUUUCAGGCAGAAACGGCCACAUGAAAGAAGAACCUCACUUAGAAUUAGGGGGUCCGAUGGGUAGGGCAAGUAUUUUUCAGGGGGAGGCUCUAAGAUACAGGCUGCUCCCCACAGAGGACAGUGACGGGGAGGUGGAAGUGGAGAGGCCACCUCAGCUGGACGCCUGGGCUCUGGGCCUCCACGAAAGAGGCCUGGAAAUGGGCCGAGGGAGGGUGAACUUCAGCCUGUUGGAGCAGGCCAUAGCUCUGCAGACAGAGCAAAGACAGGUCCUGCACCAUGCCUACAGAGAAAUGGACCGGUUCCUCAUGGAGCAGAUGACCAAUGAGAGAAGGCACCAUAGGAUGAUGGACAUGGACAGCAGACUCAACUAUCAUGGAGGAAAAGAUUCUCCACGUACAGAUAAAAAGGACAUAAAGUGUCCAACUCCUGGCUGCGAUGGCACUGGUCAUGUCACCGGCCUGUACCCACACCACAGGAGUUUGUCUGGGUGUCCUCAUAAAGUCAGAGUUCCUCCAGAGAUCCUGGCCAUGCAUGAGAACGUCCUCAAGUGCCCUACACCUGGGUGCACAGGAAGAGGCCAUGUCAACAGCAACCGCAGCACCCACCGGAGUCUCUCAGGCUGCCCCAUCGCUGCUGCAGUGAAAGUCUCCAAACCUCAGGACGAGAGCCUGAAAUGCAGACAAACACCUGACCGCUCACCAAGAGCCAUCGGCUUGAUAAAGAAGUUUGAGAUGAACCAGCUGAACUACAGGCUCUCCCAUCCAGUAGCAGCCCUGCAAACGAGCUUCACAAAAGACAUGGACAAGUACAGCAGAAUCCGCUUUGAUUAUGCCAGCUUUGAUGCACAGGUCUUUGGCAAACAGCCUCUGAUGGGGACCAACCAGGACCAGGAAAUGUCACAUUUCCCUGAUUCACCUCAGCAGUAUCCUGGCUUCCUUGGUGCUCCAGGUGGCCGCUUGCCCACCUCUGGUCAUCACAGCCCACCAAGUCAAUUCAGAAAAGAAGACGGUCUCCAAGCCGCAGCAGCGACAGCCGCCAUCCUCAACCUCUCCACUCGCUACCGGAAGAACAUGGAGGCUGUCGCCGGCCGGCCCUUGGCAACCUCCACAAAGGACAUGCUCAUAGAGGUGGAUGAAAAUGGCACCCUGGACUUGAGUAUGAAGAAGUGCAAGGAAAAUGUAAAAGCCUCGACAAAAACACCUUUGGAAGACUCACUGUCCCCUUCGGAGUCCGCUGUGGCCAAAGGCGGGAGCGUGCUUGUCAGCCCCACCUUCUACCAGCCGCUGUGUGACAGAGACAGCUGGGAGAGCCCCAUCCCUGUCAACUUCAGCAAAGCACACGUUUUACAGGACGCAGAGGAGGAUUACGAUCAUGUCUCCUUGGAGGACCAACACUACCAAGGAGACGGCAGCAUGAUGAGCCCUAAAGCCAAGUUGCUAUUACGAGAUGCAAAGAAAGAGCUUUUGAGCUGUCCGACCCCAGGCUGUGACGGCAGUGGCCAUGUGACGGGGAAUUAUGCAUCACAUCGAAGUGUGUCUGGAUGUCCCCUGGCUGACAAAACACUCAAAUCACUGAUGGCAGCCAACUCUCAGGAACUAAAGUGCCCAACACCUGGUUGUGAUGGAUCUGGACAUGUGACUGGGAACUAUGCUUCGCACAGAAGCUUGUCAGGAUGUCCACGUGCCAGAAAGGGAGGUUUGAAGCUCACACCAAACAAGGAUGACAAAGAUGAGCAAGAGCUUAAGUGUCCAGUAAUGGGAUGUGACGGACAGGGCCAUAUAUCGGGAAAAUACACAUCCCAUCGCAGCGCAGGCAGUUGUCCACUUGCUGCCAAAAGGCAGAAGGAGUCGUCCAUCAACGGGCUGCCCUUUGCCUGGAAGGCCAAUAAACAGGAACUGCCCCAUUGUCCCUUGCCUGGCUGCAAUGGCCUUGGACAUGCCAAUAAUGUGUUUGCCACUCACAGAAGCUUGUCGGGUUGCCCACUGAACGCACAGAGUAUCAAGAAAAAGCACUCCGAAGAAGAGAUGAUGACCAUCAAACUGAAAGCCAGUAGUGGUGUUGAAAACAAAGAAGAUAUUCAACAUUUGGAUCAUGAAAUUAAGGAACUGAAUGAAUCCAACAUGAAAAUAGAAGCAGAUAUGAUGCAACUUCAAACCCAGAUAUCGUCUAUGGAAUGUAACCUGAGGACAAUUGAAGAGGAGAACAAGAUGAUCGAACAGCACAACGACAGCCUUCUGAAGGAGCUCGCUCGCCUUAGCCAAGCUCUCAUUAACAGUCUAACAGACAUUCAGCUGCCUCAAAUGGGACCCAUCAGCGAGCAUAAUUUUGAAGCCUAUGUGAACACAUUAACUGACAUGUACAACAACUCGGAGCACGAAUACUCUCCAGAGUGCAAGGCCCUCUUGGAUAAUAUCAAACAGGCUAUUAAGGGCAUCCAUGUCUAA